ACCGCGGGAAAGCGCAAACGUCGAUCACGUUGACACAGGCACAUGUUGUUGCUUCUUCUUUGACGACAUAUCCCCGAGAUUAUCGAGAUUAUUACUUACUUAGAAAAAAGCAGAAAAGUAUGUCUUUGGAAUGGUUUUAUGUGACAUUAACGGCACUCAUGGUAUGGAUGUGCUGUUUCGAAUCGACAAGUAUGGGUGGACCGCUUCCAGAGAAUAUUACCGUUCUACCGUCGAGGAAAUUCUUAAAAUCUAGCGUUGUUACGACAGUAUCGAUUGUUGGGAAACGGGACAAUGGAAAAAACAGAGAUGAUCACACAACGGCCGACAGUAACAAUAGAUCAUCAGCUGCCGCGAACGAUAUUAAUGUCUAUCGUUUACCACCUUCCCCGGCCAAUUUGUUGAAACCCGAUGGAUUUAAAUUCUACACUUACAAUGAAAGGGGUGAUAUGAUCACGAAACAGAUGACUCUGCAGGAAAUCCAAGCCUUGAUCGCAAGCGGAGGACCGGAUCAUUCGAAUGCAGAGAUUCAAGAACCUCAAAAAGCCGAAGAUAUUCUUACAGGUGGAAAGAAGGUAAUGGAUGUCGUCGAAAGGGUGCAAAACGUACUGAAGAGUGCAAUGAACAAACCGUCAACGUUAACGGGAAUUAUUUCGAAUUCGGUUCCGGAGAAAGCAAACGUUGAGUGGAGUAAUAUUUUACCCGUUAUCUUAGCUGGCGACAAACACGGAGACAACGUAAUUAACAAUACUCAUCACGCGGAAGAGGUUACAACAGUGACACCGCCGGUAUUCACCUCGACCCUCCGAAACGAUCCUAUUCCCGAUUCGUUGAAAUCGAACAAAACAGAGUCUUCUUCAAUCGAAGGAGCCAACAACGAUAAUAUCAAGUUUCCGCAGCAAACAACAAUGUCAACCGUUAUUACUUCGGACACAACGACCUCGUACACAGAGAAAUUAAUGAUUCCAGUAGCUGUUAUAACGGCCGAACAGAAACCACAGACUUGGCAGUAUACAACUGAAAGUCCUGUUUUUCAGAAAAUAACUGAAAUUUCGUCAUCGGCGGACGUACCUAAAGAAAAUUACAAUGACAACAAUAAUAAUCAUCAUUUGCCCUCGAGCGGGUACGUUAAUUCGUUACCAUCUAAUGGCAGUUCCUCGAUCUCCUCUGAACUCACGAAAACCAAUUACGGGGGUGUUGAUUCGAUCAGCACAGUCGCGGACACAAAGACCUCUUACGUUGUGUAUUCGUUAAAUUCGGCGGAAAGUAAAACGACGACAGUGGCGACCGAUAAUUGGGAGAAGGAAAACCUGAACAAGAAUGGCCAUGACUCGAUAAUGGAAUUAAACAAACUAAGCGAAACAACAGAGUUAAGCAACGAAUCAUUUGCGACAACGGCCGUUUAUUCCCCUGGAAUGUUCGUUACGAACACGGGUGCACUAAGCAGCAGCAGCAGCAGCAGCACAGUUUCGUCGAUAGAAUCAUCAAGGAUCCCCCCUGACGACGCUGUAACAUCAAAACCGAGUGACUUGCAAUACACGCCACCUUCCACGUCUCUGCCUAUGGAGUUGGUAAACUCAUUGUCCAGUAUGAUCGAUCAAGUCUCGGAAGACUCUGCCUCAUUCGUUUUAUCUUCCUCGUCCGACUUGGGGGAGGUAUUGCCCCAUCAUGAAAUCGAUGAAAAUAAACGAGAAAAUGAUUCCGAAAUACGGACAAGUGCGGCAACUUCGAUAAUAAAUGCGACGACUGAAUUACCUCCGAUCUACGGAGAAGAACUAUUAUCGGAGGACGCACAGGAUGCAUUCGAAGAAUGUACAGAAGAGUCGGUCCGUGGAACAACUUCGACGAAACUUGAAGUUGAUCAAAAUCGAAGAACCACCACUUUAACCGUUCUACCCGUUUCGUUCGUUAAUUUUCCCUCGGCGAAUCUAACGCGUCCCGAGGAAAUGAUAAACUCGUUUUAUAUUACGACAGCGGUCGGUAAUAGCCGUAGUACGUUAAACCCUUUGUCGGUAACCGAUACAACGCCAAUGGUGUCUAUGGAAGAACCAUCUGGUAUUACAGCGAAUUUAAUUUCCGUCUUUACUUCUUCGAACGAAAUGCAUUCCGCACCUGUUGUGUUUGAAACUACGACAGUGAAAACAACGGUUUUACAAGCAUCCGAUUCAACGAAAAAAACGACUCUGACUGGUCUUUAUGAUUCUGCGUCUAACGUAUCAAACGUUGAAAAACCCUCAACGAAGAUCGAGUCAGCAGCACUUGUGGAGAGCAUACUUGCAACGACUUCAACCGCAACGAAUAUUCCCGUUACAGUGGCGCUCGAUUUACCAAAUAUUCCAUCGGGAAAUCUUCCGACGAAAACAUUAGCCAGCGAGCUUAUAGCUGGUUUUGGAUUAAUCGGCUCGAGUACAAUGGACGACGGCACUUCUUACGAUACAAAAAAGGCAACUUCGUUGAUAGAAGAGCCGGGACCAAUAAACGUUACAUCGUCUACCAAUCAGUCGAGCGUUGCUUUGAAACUGGAGACGCAAAGUUCAGCUUUCGUAACGGAAACAGCGGAAAAGGACAGAUGGACUACUAAAGAAAGCGGUUCGAGGAACGAGAGUGGAACUCGCAAUAACUCCUCGAUGAAUGAGAAUAUCUAUGCGGAACUUAUUCGGCCAUCGAAUCUACCCGAAGCAGUAGCAGUAACGUUAGAAACAACAGACCGAGCGGUAUCUUGCGUUACGCACACGGACAUGGAAUUCGACCAAGUGGAAAACGAGCAGACGAUUCAAACGACCGAUUCAUCCGUACUCGACGAUGUCAUUACCACCUCGGUGGAUAUCACAGUUACAGAUCGUAGUGAGAGCUACUCGGAUGAUAUCAAGUUUUCCGAACACACGUUCGAUCUAGAUUCCGUGACAACGAUAACUAAUACAGAAUCGAAUACUUGGUUUGAUUCGCAAAAGCCAAUGCAAGUAGGUGCAUCGAAUGUCGAUGGGCCCGUUGAGACACGCGUCGUAGUACCGACAAAACCCGAGGGCAUCCUGGUAGAAGCGGGAUUAAAAAAAGAAGACGAUACGAACAUGGUUACGAAUUCCAACGGUUCGAUUGGAAUUUCAUCGACAGAAUUGAAUUCGAACGUUUACGAUAAAUUCUCAACGAAUACGAAUGAGUCGAGUUUAACGAACGCGAACACUACGGUAGACGUCAGAUUGAAACAGCAAACGAAUGAAACGAUUGCCGAUUCGAAUACCUUUGUCACCGAUUACUCGAUGGAUGCCGAUAAAUCGAGGAACGAUUCGCAGGAAAAUACAAUAAAGACGAACCAUUUACCAACGGGAAGUCAGGAAUCAGAAUCAAACGUUACCACUCAUAGUGUACCGUCUACAAAUCAAACAUAUACAAGUUCUGAAUAUUCAAGUUCGAGCAAAACGAACAAAACGGAUCAUAUUCAUACGGAGAAUAAAUGGCAGCGUAUAACUUUACACGAAACAGUUCCAACGCAGUCAACGAAAUUUGUCGCGUCGGUGACUAAAAAUCCAUCAUCACCGCAGCCAUUAUCGGCGAUGAUGAUGAUGAUGAUGAUACCGACAUCAACGUACGAAACGAAUUCGACAGAAGGGGAGACGCGUUAUCCGACGAUUCCUAUGACCGAAGCUGGAACCACGGUUACGCUGAAUUCUUCGAAAAACACUGGAGGAUUGGAUACCAGCACAAAGAACGCGAGCAUCGACAUCGUAAACUUCUCGAGACUUUGCAACGAACUUGCAUUCAAAUUUUGGAUAGCCGCGAACAAGGGACUAAGCACCGGAAGGUCACUCGCUCUCUCGCCAUUCGGAAUGGUAAGCUUACUCGCUAUGAUUUUUCUUGGCGCGCGAGGAUCAACGUCCGAUCAAAUGAACGAAGUGCUUGGACUCGACAACGUGGCCACCUUUAAUCCGCAUUUAAUUUUCCAAAAUGUAACGGAUGCAGUGAGUUUGGCGAGACAUCAAGGUAUCGCAAACGCGGCUUUCGUUCGCGAACUGUUCGCGGAUAAAGUCAAGGUUCGUAAAUUAUUGCCCUUCUAUAAAGAACAAGCUCAACAGUUUUACGAAGGACUGGUGGCUGAAGUAAAUUACGCUACCAUCAGCGAUCUUGCGCGACGUCGCACUAAUCUCUUGAUUAGGAAACAAACCGGCGGUAGAAUAAGAGAUUUUGUAAAAAGUAACGCAGUUCCUUUAAGAUCACCGCUCGCAGCCAUUUCAGCGAAUGUAUUUCAAACGGACUGCAACACCAGUUCGGCCAGCACGACGGGACGAGACGGUGAAUUAUAUUUCGCUAUAUCAUCGGCUCAUAGGUUGAGAAAAUUGAUUCCAGUCCCGGCAACUGUUUGGCGAUCAAAUGUACUCGCCGGUUACGAACCGAGCUUAGACGCCACCGCGAUUUCUCUCGGUGGUAUCGAUAAAUUAGUCUCGACGAUAUUCCUGUUGCCCGGUCAGCAGGGUCACGCCGCACCCGGCGACACAUUGGACCGACUUGAGCAAAGGCUCGUCAAGGGGGCCCAUCAGGAUGGAACUUGGAAUAAGCUUCUCAAAGUUCUCAUACCUAGGCGUGGUCUCGAAUUACAAAUACCCAAGUUCAGUCAUAGAUCUGUCGUUAACGCUACCGCCGCUCUGAAAAGAAUGGGCCUGGAUCAAUUGUUCUCGAACGAUGCUGACUUUAAAGGGAUCAAUGGAAUCGGAAAUCGUCUAUUUUUAUCAGACGUUUUGCAGAUGAACCUGUUCAGUACGUGCGGUGACGAAAACACCGCUAAUGGACGACAUCACGUGGAAAUUUAUCCAGCUAGUCCUUCUUCGCGGAUUUCUUCGAAUUACGAUAACGAAUAUCCAACUUCCGAAGUUCAUGGAGAAUUAACUUCUGGCUACUCGAUAACACAACCACCGUUUAUUUUUCGAUCGAAGAAUUAUCGAACCGUUUCAACAAGUGGUGGAGUAACAAAAAACUCCGAAAAACAAACGGAAGACAGACCCAGAUUAAAACUGGAUCAACCGUUUCUCUAUUUCGUACGACACAAUCCGACCGGUCUUAUACUUCAUAUGGGUCGUUUCAACCCUAGAUUACUUUAACUUCAUAAUCCAUGAUCAUUCGUUAUUCCCAUCAUUAUCUAUUUAAUAUUGUGUCUAAUUCACGUAUAAUAAUCACGAUUUCU